UGUGUCAGUAAAAUGGCGAGUCGGCAUUGUCGGGCGUGUUUCUGACAAGAAUUUUGCAGGGAGUUUUAACAAUUGUUGAGCACAAAGUGUUACAUUUUUGCGAGCAAAACAUUUUACGAUCGACUUUUAUUCUGAAUUUCAACUUUGAUUCCAUUACGUGUAGUUUUUUCGCUCUAAAAUCAUUAAAAAAACAGCGAAUAGUUUCGCUGUUUCGCCAUUUGUUUAAAUCGUUUGUAAACCUUUAACAAUUAAAUCCCUCCGUUUUAUGAAUAUAAACAAGAUGAAAAAAAGUAAUAAAGAUAUCGUGACUGAAUCCACGCCUCUGAUGCCGAGAGACUCUGCGAAAUUGAUAAGCAGAUUGGCGAAGGACGUUUUCAUCGAAGAAGAAGGCGUCAAAAAUAUUUCGUGCGAGAUUUUGGAAGGUCUGAAAAAUCGGAAAAUCAGCAUUGAAAAUUUUUUCAAUCACGAACUCUUGCCAAAAGAAGAUGAUCCAAGAGCACUGGACUGGAUUUUCAUAUUAGAUGUUUUAAACUUCUGUUUUUGGAACAAAAAGGAUGAUACUAGGUGGAAAGUGAAUGGAGAAUCGGGAUAUUUCGCUUUGUGCGCAGCUAUUAAGAGAUCUUUGGAGGAAGGAAUACCAAUACUGGAUGCAAGUUUUUGCUCGAAAAUAACGAAAAGCGUGUUAGAAAAUAUUUUACGAGGUGAUUCUGGUAGCACUGCGGUUCCUCUGAUUGAUGAGAGAGUGCAGAAUUUGCAAGAAGUUGGACGAGUUCUGUUGGAAAAAUAUAAUGGAACAUUUCAAGAAUGCGUGAGGCGAUGCAGUGAUUCUGCUGAGAAGUUAUUAAAACUCAUCGUUCAAGAUUUUCAGUGUUUUCGAGACGAAGCUGUUUUUAAAGGCCAUAAAGUCUCCUUCUACAAAAGAGCUCAAAUAUUGGUGGCUGACGUUUGGGCCUGUUUCAAGGGAAAAGGUUUUGGUAAAUUUUAUGACAUCGAUUCUCUUACGAUGUUUGCUGACUACAGAGUUCCUCAAGUUCUUGUUCACUUUGGUGCCAUGCGAUACAGCAAUUCUCUGCUGAGCAAACUUCAGUCUGAAUCAGAAUUAAAGCCCGGCUGUGAUGAAGAAAUCGAGAUACGAGGUUGCUCGAUAGAAACCGUUGAACGAGUUGUGAAAGAAGUCCGGUCGCUGAUCGUCCAAUAUCCCUUAUUGGAAUUAAAGGAAUCAGACUGUGGUGCCGUUCAGAUAGACUUUUUCCUCUGGUAUUAUCGACGGCAACACAAAGAGGAAUUAGAUAAAGUGCCUUACCACAAAGUGAGGACAAUUUAUUAUUGAAAAUGUUUCUGUUAGAGACACUUUAAGCAACGAACAUUCUCAACUUGAAAGUACAAAAAUUGAGACUUUCAAAUAAUUGAAAGAUUCUUCUCUUUUCCACUUGAGAUUACGCCGAUUUGUAUUUAAAAAAUGCGAUUAUUAAGUUUCUAAAGAUUAGCGAUCUAGAAAUAUUAAACUAGGAUUGCAUUUUCGUCUUAAGGUGUUAUUAUAAAUUUGUAUUUUGCCAUGGAAGUUCGGUUAGAUACUUGUGAUCUAUUAUAGUUCACUGAGAUCAUUAAGGAUGUGAUUAUUUCUUUAAAAUAAAAUCUUUAUAGAAUUUACAGAAUCUUACGACCACUAGAAAACACGUUUUUAAUGCGCGCGAUUAUCUUUUUUGUCACGGAAUUUUUAAAUUAAAAUAUAAGAUUAAUAUUAGUACAAGAUUUUCGUUGAAAAAUAUAAAUUUCUGAUUGAAGACACUAGCGGAACCUAAAGCUGUUCAAAGUUAUAAGGUUGAUUUUUUCAAUUAAAGUGAUUUUUGUUUCAAAUGACCGAUUUCUUGUGAAAAAAAUGGAACAUAACUUGCAAGUGCUUUUCCGACGAGAAAAGGGUAAAUAAUCUAGAAUUGGUAACGAAAAUUAAUCUUCUUUGAAAUCCAA